CAAACUCGAGAAACUGCCUCCCUGAUAAUGACGAUAUCAUCUUCCCUCAAACGAAGCUGUAGCUCGCCGGAUCUACGUCCCAGUUCUAAGCGGACGAUCCCCCAGUCAAGCGGAUCUCCAGGGGUGAUGCUUUUUCCGAAAGACGGUGGUUGUGUGCUGUACAACCCGAAAGAAGGCACGUUCCAAAGGAAACUGGGAGACUUUUCAGGGUGUCGAUUCCUGGCAAACUCGGGUAACUGGCUUUUGUUGUUAGAUUCAGGAUCCAAUUUGUACAUCGUAGAUGCGUUUAGCGAGAAAAAGAUGCGUCUUCCGUCUCUAGAGUCGAUUGAUUCAGCUGAUUGUAUUGUCAAGUGCGUGGGAGAUAGAAAGUUUAUAAGGCAAGAUUCUGACAGUAUUUUCAGCGAUCUGAGUGCUGAUGUGGUGAGGGGACUUUUGUGGGUUUCGGAGAGUGGAAAAGAGUACGUCGUGGUGUGGUUGUUCGACCUCCCUGGACACUCUUACAUGAGCUUCUGCAAGAAUGGGGAUACUCAUUACACUGACAUUCCACUGUUUCACCACCAAGACUUGCACUGGUUAGAUGGCUUGUCGGAGAUGGUGCUAUGGGGUACCCGUCUUUAUCUCUCAACAAAUCGUCGUUAUGUUCGAGUCCUAGAUCUGUCUGGACCGCAAGGUUUCUUCAAAGACAUUACCGAUGGUAUACCAUUCCCAAUGCUUUCUGCGGAUAUGUCCUGCGAUUCUAGCAUUGCGGUUACAACAUCAGGGCAGGUUCUGUUGGUUGAGAGUGAUCCAUGCAAUAGGACCUGCUUCCGCCUCUACAAGAAGAAUCCUGAUAUUGAAAACCCUGAUCUCUUCGGCCACACGGUUACUGAGGUAGAUUCUCUUAAUGGUGAGGCCCUGCUUCUUGACUUGGGUUACACUGUGCCUGCUAACAAGGCCCUUGGUAUUGAACCUGACUCCAUUUAUUUCACCCGUCACUAUCGUCCCUGCCAAUGUGCAUCUCCCGACCUUGACAUCUGUGUGUUCAAUCUUGCAACCAAGUCCCUUGAUCGCUAUCCCGAUCUUGACAAGAUGGAUCUCAUUGAUGCUCGAUGGUUUCUCCCUUCUGGGAAUUAAUUUGGUCUUCUUGUGUUACUUUCCUUUUAUUUAUGCUUUUGAAUAAAAAUUAUGAUGUUAGACUUAUGUCCCCUCCCCCUUUGUUUAGUUAACGAAACAUCAUAUCUUGCUUGACAUUUUGUUUACAUUAAGACGUAGUGAGUGGUGGAGAGCUCUCAUGUUAUUUAUUUAUCUAUCCUCACUUUUGUUUCUCCUAA